AUGGCAACUAGCGAAUCGAGUGACACUAAAAAAGAAGAGCCAGCAACUGGUUUCUCCACGAGUGCAGUUGCAAAUCGAAGUAUGAACAUGCAAAGAAUGCAAAAUGUGCUUCUGAUUUGGUUAGACAACAAUAUUAAUGAAAAUAAUGCUGAUUGUAGUAAUACAAUCAAACAACUGAAACGUGUAGUUAACAACAUAAACACGUUUACGGAUGGUGAAGAAUGUAUUGAAUUUAUUCAAACCAUUACCAACAACAAAAUAUGUAUGAUUGUCUCAGGAUCACUCGGACAACAUAUUGUGCCUCAUGUGCAUGAUAUGUCUGAAGUAGACACUAUUUUUAUUUUUUGUAACAAUCAAGAAUGGCAUAUACAAUGGGCCAAAGAAUGGCCUAAAAUAAAAGGUGUCUUCACAGAUAUAACAUCAAUCUGUGAAGCUCUCAAGCAAGCUGCUCACCAAUGUGAGCAAAAUGCCACAUCAAUUAGUUUUGUGGCAUCAAACAAGAAAUUGGAUCAAUUAGAUCCAUCAUUUAUGUAUACUCUGAUCAUGAAAGAGAUCUUAUUAACCAUCAAAUUCGAAGACAAACAUAUGAAAGAAUUUAUUACUUAUUGUCGUGAAGUAUAUGAAGAUGAUGAAAAUGAAUUAAAAAAUGUUAAUCAAUUACAAACAACAUACGAAAACAACAUACCCAUAUGGUGGUAUACAUGGGAUGCAUUUUUAUAUCGUAUGCUCAAUCAAGCAUUAAGAUCAAUGGACGCUGAUAUUAUUGUUCGAAUAGGUUUCUUUAUUAAGGAUCUACAUUGUGAUAUUCAACGACUACAUUCGGAACAGUUUGAUGACCAUCAAUCAGGUACAACAUUUACAGUUUAUCGUGGACAAGGUCUUUCAAAAGAAGAUUUCACCGAAAUGACAAAAACAAAAGGUGGACUUCUUUCAUUUAAUAGCUUUCUAUCAACUAGUAAAAAUCGUGAUGUCUCCCUUAAUUUUGCACAACAAGCCACUACAAAUCUCGAUCUUGUUGGAAUUUUAUUUGUUAUAUCAAUUAAUCCUACGAAUUCAACAACUCCGUUUGCUUCUGUUAGUGAUGUUAGUUAUUUUCAUACAGAAGAUGAAGUUCUCUUUUCUAUGCAUACCAUUUUCCGUAUUGGAGAUAUUAAACUAAUGGAUGGAAACAAUCAUGUUUAUACAGUGAAUUUAAUAUUGACCGAUGACAACGAUCAAGAUCUUCGUAUUCUUACUGAUCGUAUACGACACGAGACCGUUCCAGAUUCGACAGGAUGGGAUAGAUUAGGAUCACUGUUAUUUAAAAUGGGGCAGUUUAAUAAGGCUCAAGAAGUUUAUGAAAUUUUACUUCAUCAAACAACAGACGAAAGUGACAAGGCACCUAUUUAUCAUCAACUAGGUAUGAUCAAACGUAAUCAAGGAGAAUAUGAAGAAGCACUUACAUAUUAUGAAAAAUCGCUUGCUGCUGAUGAAAAAACACUUUCUUCCAAUCAUCCUAAUUUGGGUAUUUCCUAUAUCAACAUCGGUGGUGUGUACUACAGCAUGCAUGAUUAUCCAAAAGCACUUUCUUAUUAUGAAAAAGCCCUUUCAAUUCAACAGCAAUCACUUCCUUCCAAUCAUUCUGAUUUGGCUUUAUCCUACAUAGGUCUCGGUAAUGUGUAUGAGAAGAUAGGUGAUUAUCCAAAAGCACUUUCAUCUUAUGAAAAAGCCCUUGAAAUUCAACAACAAUCACUUCCUUCUAAUCAUCCUCAUUUGGGUAUGUCCUAUAACAACAUCGGUCGUGUGUAUGAGAAUAUGGGCAACUAUGCAAAAUCUCAUUCAUUUUAUGAACGUGCUGUACAAAAUGGACAACAAUCAUUACCAACAAGUCAUCCAACUCUUCAACAACGAAGAAAAAACCUCGAACGGAUAAAAAAGAAAUUAUAA